UUAACUAUUAUUAGCGCACAACAGCAAUAUGGCGACGAGGAAUAAGGUUGGCAACACAGUUAACGAAUUCCUCCAAGAUAUGUCUGAAUACGAAUUCACUUGUCCAAUUUGCUUUGAAGAAUUCAAGGAGCCCAAAUCACUUCCUAACUGCGCCCACAGCGUGUGUUUACAAUGUCUUGAAAGGAUGUCUUCCGAGCGGAGCUUGACUGUUCUCGAAUGCCCUGUCUGUCGCGUUGCGUCUCCUUUAUCCAUCAAUGGCGUCAAAGAUUGGCCUACAAAUACUCUUAUUGUUAGGCUUAUGGAAAGAUCUCCUGGUAGACUAGAUAAGAUGGCGAUUAGAAAUGCCAUCGAGAGUUGCAGGAAGGUGUGUGGGACUUCAGCCAAGACUGACGAGGAAAGAGUGAUCGUGACAGGAAGGGUGAAGAAAGAAAUCGAGGGAAAAGCACAGAAACUUGUUGAAUUUAUCCGCAAACAGGAACGCUAUUUGUUGGAUAAGAUUGACGAGGUUAUGGGAUCGCAUUUGUCAGAUAAAGAUAAAAUGAGAGAGCAAGCCUGGGAAUUGACCGACAAGGCUGAGAAAAUUAUAGAGCGAGGUGACGUUUACGAAAUUGUGGAUGCAAAAGAUUCCCUCGUUAAUCAGCUGGAAAAAUUCGCAAAAGAACUUGAACCAGGUCUUGAAGUUGGUAACUUUGAGGAAAUCUUACGAGCAAGAAUACAGGAAGAGAAGCAAGGAGCAGCAGAGAUUGGCAAAUCCAAGUCCCAAAACUCGCUUGAAAACAUUGUUUCCUACUUCGACCCUAAGUAUAAUCGUGUUAUUACAAGGACUAAAGACUUGCAGAGCUUUUUUCCUUUUGACCUUGAAACGUCAUGUCAAGGGAAUUUGGUCGUCUUGGACAGCAGAUUUCAAAAUAUAACCAUCUUCGAUGAAGAUGGUACAUACAAGAAUCAAUUUAAGGUUGACUAUGAAGAUUUGUGGGGGAUAACUGUGACUAAAAAAGAUGAAGUUGUUAUCAUAAGCAAUAACAAUGAUACUCAAGGACCUUGUGGACAUCUUGUCUAUUUUGAUUUGAACGGGAAUUUCAUUCAAAAGAAGACGAUUAAAGAAUUCAAAAAUAUUUUUCUAACAAGUAUUUCUGUUGACAGCAAUGAUAAUCUUGUCAUCACAGCUGGAACAUUCCAUGAUUUUGACAAGAACUACAGAGAUGGUGGAAUAGUUGUGUUGAAAGAUGACCUUCAAGUCAAGUUUUCAACUUUAGAACAGGAAAGGGUCAAUUUGAGGAAAGCGGUGCUAUUCCAAGGGAGCUUUUACUGCACGGAGGCAGUAAACCUAGGGUCAAGCAAACCAUCCAUUAAAGUUUUCAAUGAAAAUGGAAAACUUGAGCGAGAAUUUGGAAGCAAAGAACUCCAAGAGCCUCAUGGUUUAGCCAUUGAUUCCCAGACUCAAACGAUCCUUGUCUGCGACAGGCAACAAAAUGCUGUCGUUGUUUAUAAACUUGAUGGCACCUACAUCACAAAGUUUGGGACGAAAGAAGAUCCCCUAAGAAUCACCAUGACAACCAACAAGAAAGACAUUGUUAUAACGUGUUAUUUGGGCCUUUGUGUUCAAAUGAUUUCAUAUGAGUGGUUCUUAGAAGUCAUCAAAAAAACUUUGCAGUCGUCUGUCAAGUAUUCUUAAUACACUUAAACAAAAACACUUGGCACCAUAUUUGCUGUUUAGUAGUAUUAUCAAGUGAGAAAUGCAAAUUUAUAGGAGUGAGAAAGUCUUGAUUGUUCAUUUUUUAUUGGGGAGGGGAGGGGAGGGUGGUGGGAUUUGCUUGGUAAUUCAUGCAAAGAAUCUGACCCCCUCCCCGUUGUAGAAUUUUUAUAUGAUCCCUUUUCCCCAUUUUGUUUAUUUGAAAGUGCUGAGUAACUCGAAUUCUUUUGUACAAUACAAUACAAUACAAUUUUAUUUGGCACCUUA